CGCCUUUAAGAGAGGUGGGUGUGUACAGGAGCUGCUCCGGCUUUACUCUGCUGAUCACAGCGCACUCAAGUCACUCAGUCACUCAGUCAGUCACAGGGCUCGGACCUGGAGACAUCGGACACAACAAACACACACACACACACACACACACACACACAGUGCGAGCUGAAACGGUGACAGAGCGCUCUAUCUGCUGCUGGCUUGAACCCUUUGGCUGUGACACCGUAAAACGGAUUACAUUUAAGCAACGCGGCUCUUCUCUGAGAUGAAGCUGGAUGACCAUGCAGACUAGAUAGCAGACUUGGCUUGUUUGGCCCAUCCAGCGCGGAGAGGAUGCCUCCCCGGAAGCGCACGCGGCCCGGCCUGGGCCUUCUGUGCUGCUUUGUCAGCAGCGAACCCCCAGAGAUUAACCUGAAGGACAGUGUUCCCUUGCAGCUGCUCGAGUUCAGCGCCCCCAUGCCCUUGGAGGAGGAACUGAACGCCCGCUUUUCUGAACUGGUGGAUGAACUGGAUCUCACCGACAAAAACAGAGAGGCCAUGUUUGCCCUGCCUGCUGAGAAGAAAUGGCAGAUCUACUGCAGCAAGAAGAAGGAGCAAGAGGAUCCCAACAAGCUCGCUACCAGCUGGCCUGACUACUACAUAGACCGCAUCAACUCCAUGGCUGCUAUGCAGACCCUUUUUGCAUUUGACGAGGAGGAGAUGGAGAUGAGGAAUAAAGUGGUUGAAGAUCUGAAAACUGCACUUCGUACUCAACCCAUGAGGUUUGUGACUCGCUUCAUCGAACUGGACGGUCUCACGUGUCUGCUGAACUUCCUGAAGAGCAUGGACUUCGAGACGUCAGAGAGCCGCAUCCACACUUCCAUCAUCGGCUGCAUCAAAGCGCUGAUGAACAACUCGCAGGGCCGAGCGCAUGUGCUGGCCCACCCGCAGAGCAUCGACACCAUCUCCCAGAGCCUGCGGCAGGACAACAUCAAGACCAAGGUGGCUGUGCUGGAGAUCCUGGGUGCUCUGUGCCUGGUACCUGACGGCCAUAAGAAGGUGUUGCAGGCUAUGGCGCACUAUCAGAAGUACGCUGCUGAGAGGACACGCUUUCAGACUCUUCUACACGAGCUGGACAGGAGCACCGGUCGCUACAGGGACGAGGUCAACCUGAAGACCGCCAUCAUGUCCUUCAUCAAUGCUGUACUAAAUGCAGGACCUGGAGAGGACAACCUUGAGUUCCGUCUUCACCUCAGGUACGAGUUCUUAAUGUUGGGGAUCCAGCCAGUCAUCGACAAGCUUCGAGGUCAUGAAAACGCAACUCUUGACAGACAUUUGGACUUUUUCGAGAUGGUGCGGAAUGAAGAUGACUGUGAACUAGCCAAACGCUUCGACAUAACACACGUGGAUACGAAAAGCGCCGGCCAGAUGUUUGAGCUGAUUAAGAAGAAGCUGAGCCACACAGAAGCCUAUCCUCAUCUUCUAUCAAUUCUCCAUCACUGCCUGCAGAUGCCAUAUAAACGUGGAGCAAGCAGUGUACAGCAGUGGCAGCUCUUAGACCGAAUCCUUCAACAGAUUGUUUUGCAAGAUGACAAAGGGGAAGACCCAGACGUUUCUCCUUUGGACAAUUUCAACGUCAGGAACAUAAUUAGAAUGCUCGUGAAUGAGAACGAGGUGAAACAAUGGCGAGACCAGGCCGAGAAAUUCAGGAAAGAACAUGCAGAACUCAUGGCUCGACUUGAGAGGAAGGAGAGGGAGUGUGAGAUCAAAACACAAGAGAAAGAAGACAUGAUGAAAACUCUGAACAAGAUGAAGGACAAGCUACAGAGAGAAGGAGUAGAACUGCGCUCUGCCAGGGAACAAGUUUUAGAUCUGUCUUCUCGGAUUAAUGAUUUUUCUAAUGGAAGUACGGUGUCAUUCCCUCCACCUCCUCCUCCACCCGGAGGUCCGAUGCCUCCUCCUCCUCCUCCAAUGAUGACUGGUUUCCCUCCACCUCCUCCUCCACUCCCAUUCUGCCCAGCCCCUCCUCCACCACCACCUCCUCCAGGGGCGCCGCCUCCACCUCCUGGAGCUCCACCCAUUUUCUCCGGCGCACCAGUCCCACUAGCGCCCGCUACCUUCAGCAGCGGCACGAGUCUGCGCAACAAAAGCAUCCCACAGCCAUCACACCCACUCAAGUCUUUUAACUGGGCCAAGCUGGGCGAGAACAAGAUCACGGGUACCAUCUGGCACGACAUCGAUGACCUGCGGGCAUUCAAAGUCCUUGACCUGAAAGAUAUCGAGAAAAUGUUUUCGGCUUAUCAGAGGCAACAAGAGCUGCUCACUAACCAAUCCUUCAAACAGAAGGAGACCGGCUCCAUGGAUGACUUGUAUCUAAGCACAAGGAAAGUGAAGGAGCUGUCUGUCAUCGACGGGCGGCGUGCACAGAACUGUGUUAUCUUACUCUCAAAGUUGAAAAUGAGCAAUGAGGAGAUCAAGAGAGCCAUUCUGGAAAUGGACGAGAGAGAGGAGCUGGCUAAAGAUAUGCUAGAACAGCUGUUAAAAUUUGUUCCUGAAAAGAGCGACACUGACCUUCUGGAGGAACACAAGCAUGAGCUGGACCGCAUGGCCCGUGCCGACCGCUUCCUGUACGACAUGAGCAGGAUUGAUCACUACCAGCAGAGGCUCCAGUCCCUGUUCUUUAAAAAGAAGUUUGCAGAACGACUUGCAGAGACCAAGCCGAAGGUGGACGCUAUUGUCUGUGCAUCCCGUGAGGUGAUGAGGAGUAAACGUCUGACUCAGAUUUUGGAGGUGGUCCUGGCCUUUGGGAACUUCCUGAAUAAAGGCCAAAGAGGGAAUGCCUAUGGCUUUAAAGUGUCUAGCCUGAACAAGAUUGUGGACACCAAGUCAAGCAUAGACAGAAACAUCACCAUGUUGCACUACCUGAUCAUGAUUUUUGAGAAAAACUAUCCAGACACCCUCAACGUCCAGCAAGAUUUGCUCAGUGUACCAGAGGCAGCAAAAGUCAAUCUGGCUGAACUGGAGAAGGAAGUCUACAGUAUAAAGAGUGGACUGAAGGCUCUGGAAGCAGAGCUGCAGUAUCAGCAGAGCCGGCCACGCGAUCGAGGGGACAAGUUCAUCCCUGUGGUCAGUGACUUUAUCACGGUGGCUAGUUUCAGCUUCUCUGAGCUGGAAGAUUUGCUGAACGAGGCAAAGGACAAGUUUGCCAAGUCACUGAAGCACUUUGGAGAGGAACAGGUGAACAUGCAGCCUGAUGAGUUCUUCGGGAUCUUCGACAUCUUCCUGCAGUCGUUCAACGAGGCUCGGCAAGACCUGGAGAACAUGCAGCGUCGCAAGGAGGAGGAAGAGAAGCGAGCACGCAUGGAGGCCAUGCUGAAAGACCAGAGGGAGAGAGAAAGGAGGGCGAAGAAGAGCGCAGGAGUGGGCGUGUCGGAGGAAGUGGGCGAGUUCGAUGACCUGGUGUCCGCUCUUCGCUCAGGAGAAGUGUUUGAUAAGGACCUGUCGAAGCUCAAACGCAAUCGCAAGCGGUCCGUCAACCAGCUUGUGGAAAGCGGUGUCCGCGAAAGACCCAUCACCAAGGUCAACUAUUGACAUUGACUUCUGGACAACUUUAAUUCACUGACUUGUAUACUGUAUGUGAAGGAAAAAAAAUCCUAACUGCCAUCUGCCUACCUAUUCAACCAAACGUCCUAACCCGUGAUGGCUCGCAUCCUAAAGGCAGACAGAUUCCUAGAGUUCUCGGGGUGUCUGUAAUUCUUACAGCACUGUGCUCAAUAAAUAGGCUAACCUUGUUCUUAUCUUACAUCCUACAUAGUCUUCCUCCUCCCAUAGCCAAUGGUUCAUUUCUUCAAGCCAACUCAAAUUGUAACCACCAUGGAAUACCUGAGCACACAAGCUAUGGUCCAGGUCUUAAGAUCUCAGUACCAAGACAGCAGGUCAGUACCAUAACCUGGUACCAUAACUAAUAGAACUAGUUCUUUUUGGGGAAAAUUUGUACAGAACAUUGAGGCAUUCAUGCAGCCACUUCUCAAAAAAAAAAAAAAUAAAUGUUGAAAGACACUGCCAUUCACAUUAGGUGCUGAUACCCCAUGUGCCUCUCUCUCAACCUACUAUAUUACUAUAACUGUGGUGCUUUGACUAAGAAGACCAUUGGUGUAUAUGGGAACUAAAAAAGAGAGAGAGAGAGAGAGAGACAGAAAGAUACCCAUAUCUUAACGCAGUUAAGUAGUGGGUCCAAAUAAUUUUUUUUUUCCAAAAGUUUGACAACUUGGAGACAGCACAGACACAAGUGGUUAAAAAUGAAGGAGGUGAACCCUUUAAUGUUGGGAUGGCCAGCUUGGAAAAACAGGACACUGUGGUCUCAGUCAUGUUGGCUGUGAUACCCUUUUACCCAAGUGCCUCCCCGUUCCGACGGCAUUCCCAAGGAGGACAAUGGGGGACGAGUCGGAAUUGCUGAGAAAGCACAGCACUUCUAGGAAAAGAUACCGCCAGGAAUCGAAAUGCUCUGAGACGAGGACCAUGCUGUAGGCACGCCUCAUUGGCAAAUAAAAAGAUUUUCCAUGGAUUGUGGUGGCAUUACCUGGUGCCAAAGCAAAAAUCAGGAAAGUUAAUAUGUAGUAGACAACAACAAAUGCAAGUAGAACGGCAUUUAUAUAUUUAUUUAUACAAGGGGAAAAAAGAAACAAACAUUCUAGUUACGAAACCUUUUUUAAUUCUUAUUCAUACUUUCUAGUUUGUACUUCUAAUACUUUCAUUUGAUACGUAUUUCCUUCAUGUGUUUAAAAAAAGAAAAAAAAAAAAAAAAAAAAAAAAGAAAAAAGAUCAGUGAUCCAAAUCUGUGAUGCCCCAUCACUAGUGAAGCUUGUUAAACUAAAUCACCAAAGUAGUGCACUUCUUACAUUGUGACGACAAUUCAAAAGCUAACGAGGGUUCGUUCGGUUUAAAAAGGUUUACAGUGCAACUGCAAGAUUACCUGACUUCUUGGAAACCUUCUUGAACGGUCUUACUUUAAUGAGCUCAAGAUCUACGUGCAGCCCACUUUUUUCUUUUUUCAUCUAAUUUUUGCUUGUUUUUCAUGUUAUGUAUGUUAAGUGUUAUAGCCGUAAAGUUUGUGUGGGCAGUAUCGCGUUUUUGGAUGAAGAUGGCUCCCAGGAAUAAGAGGUAUAAAGAAUGGGGAAGUCUGGGCAAAAAAAAUUGUCAUAAAGGUUCCGGUCAAGUUCUUGAUGCUACAGCAAAAGAUUGAAACGUGAAAAUCAGUAGGAAAUUCUAUAUAAAGUAUGGGUUUUAUCUUUAUGGUACUUGUGCUAGUGGGAUGCAGAAUGGAAAAAAUAAACUUUAUGCCUAUCUGGUUGAAAGAAGCCCGAAUUGAAAGGUUGGGCUUUUAUCCUGUUUGUAGUUUGCACCUUUUGUGCACGGUUCUCCUAGCCGUGUGGGAGAACCGUAUUCAGAAGGUCAGGAGAUUGUGCGUCUUCUAAGAGAUUUGCCGGUAAUCUUUGUCUGGUUCAGGUCUGUGCUGUUGAACGUGCAUGGCUGUGCUGCUUGGUGCCAAAAGGACACUUAAGAUAUUUUCUCAUUAAGCCAAAAGGUGGACUUGGCACCCUUACAGUGAGGUUCUCAUUAUUCUUUUCAGAAGGACAGGUUUCCUCCUUAACUCUACACCAAAAGUACUACGUGUCUGGUCUAACUUAUCCAAGCUAAUCAACACUGCCUUAUUUAAUAAUUUCAUAUGAGCUAAUUACCUUAAGUUAAUUAGAUAAUUAACUGAGGGCUGGAGCACAUCUAACUCUCGAUUUAGUAUCAGUAUGUGCUAAUAAUUACCAACACAGGUUAAAGCUUAGGUUCGUGUGGUGUAAUGUAUUACAGUAACUCUGUUAACGGACCGCUUUUUUCUGAAGCUAGUACAAGGUCUGUUGCUCUUCUGAGCGGUUUUUACCCUCCUUUUCCUUCAACUCAGUGGUGAGAGGUCAUUUCUCCUUUAAAAUAACACUAUAAAAACACAGUAUGCCAAAUGGAAAAAGACACUUUUGACACUUUGGAAUGGCCCUCGCGUCGGAAAUAUGUAUUAAAAAAAAAAAUGACGAUAAUGAAGGCGAAGGAGAUUGUGCCAACUGAGAAUAGAUGUUUAUCAGUAAAGGAAAGAAAAAGCUGUCAGCUUUCAUUUUCAUCUUCAGUCCAAUGUCGUGUAGGUAUUCAAAACCAACAGUAUUACUAUUAUUAGUAUUUUAGUUUUGUUUCGUUUUGUAUGUAUAUUUGGUCAUUGACUGGCCGAACUCAACGGAAAGAAUAAUAAAUGUAGCUUGUUGCUUGAUGCACUUUUUAAAAGCCAGCCUUUUGCUACCCCCUCAAUAUUUACACACCCAUUUGGCUCACCAUUAUUUAAAUAAAAAAAAAAAAGCAAAGCACAGUGCAGCUUAAGGAAGGACAAACAAGAGUAAAACAGGGUUGCGUUUUGUAUGUUUUUGUAGCUAAGGAAAUCUCAACUAUUAUGAGUCCUACUAUUGAGUGGAGCUCUCUAUUGAGGCGAACUGAUUUGACCCUGAUAUUCGGUUACGUUCUCAACAGGAUACGCAGGGCCGUUUCUCCGCCCUUAAAAUACAUUUGGUUUGGGUUUCUUAACAGUCAUAAGGUGACGAAAAUAUAGGGAAUGUAGUUCUUUUAAAUUGAGCAUAACUCAAACAAAGAGCACCGAUUUCCAUCGCCUCUGUGCAUCACUCCAGUUUUUAAAAAAAAAUUUAAAAAUCCUUUUAUAUCUUUGUAUUGUUGCCUUUCACCUUUAUGCACUAGUUUAGGUAAAAAUUGGUUAUCUUUUGCUAUAGAAGAUGUAUAUUACGGGUAAGUAAUUACCCCAGGUAGGAAUUUCACCAGUUACGCGCCCUUGGUUUCGUCCAGCUGCAGGUUGUAUAUUGUGCAGAACAGCUAUUUUGAAAAGGAUGACUUAUGAACUUCACCUAAAAGAUGUAUAGUUCUAAAAAUGUUUGUAUGCCACUAUAGUUGAGAGUGGGGGGGGUUGAAAAAGAAAAAAUAUGUUGAGGAAUGUUCAUUUUUUUUUUUUGUUUUGUUUUUUUUUCCUGUAAAUUGAGUCUAUUUAUUUGCCUUAUUUAGUUUGCUAUAUUUUGUAUGUAUACACAACAUUACAGCAAAAAUGUUACAUGAGGAGUAUAAAUAUGAGUAACUAUACUGUGGUCUUCGUAUGUCAGAUUUUCGAGUAUAAAUAGCUUCCAAUUUUUUUUUUUUAAUGUUUUUGUUUUUGCUCGCCAUCAAUCCUUUUGUAGGGUAAAAUAAACCUGUUUCCCUUACGGCUCAUUCUUAUUCUCUUUGACACAUCCUGAACAAAGAUCAACACUGCCCUCUGGUUGUAAUGUGUUACACCACCGUCCUCUUCAGUAAAACACAAGCCUUAUCCCACUUAUCAAACUUGUUGUUCUUAUGUGAACUGGAAAUCCACUAGACACACACGAGUUGUAAUUCUAAACUGAAUGGAAAGCCUGUCAUGUCUGACUGAAUUGUAGAAACUUUUAUUAUUUACUGUUUAAUCUUGCCCAGGUUACAUUAAGCUAGUGCUGUGUUGCAGAGAUUACAAAAGAUCUCUUUACUUAAAAUAAAAGUCUUAACCUUU